AUGAGCGGCGCGGUGCAACCGUCGUUCCACGAUUCAAUGCCGCGGCAGUUGCGACAUCCUGGCGGCCACGGGCCAAUGCCCAUUGACACUGACGAAUUGUCACUCGUAGCUCAGAUCGAGGAUCUCCUACAUUUGAAGCCACACUCGCUCAAAAACGACCCGCUGGCGUUGGCGAAGAUCGGCUCCUUGGACCGGUACUUGCUUCGGUCCUGCUGCAAUAAACGGAUGCUGAACACGCUUUCGGCAAUGCUUCGAGGCGCUGGCGUUCUCGAUACCGAGGCUAAUGUGUAUACCCAGUCGUUUACGGCUGAUGCAUCUGUCAAGAACGAAGAUCUAUCAUACGUCUAUACAAAUCUGUCCAUUUUGCCCGAUCCGCUUACGCAUAAGCCGGUGCUGACGAAGCUGUCUACAGAACUGUUUGAGUUGAACAGCGUAGAGACUAUUGGCAAAUUCCAGUCUUUGGAUGAUUCCGAUUAUGACGCGGACUCGCUCAUGGAGUACGACUACCUGAAACUUGCUUCGUUCAGCCCGGAAGAAGCAGAGAGGCUGGAGUACGACAACUUCCAGCUUGCUGGCGCCGUUUCACAGUUGCAAGAGCAGCACCAUGGCAUCGCCGAGAACUUGAAAAGUUCGCAGGCCAAAAUCAAAACACUCGAAGAGCAAAAUAAGCGGGACUUGGAAUAUCUUCGCAAAGUUGGUCACAGCGGCGACUCUAUUCGCGACAAAGUCUGCGAGUUGAAGUCCGAAAUCACGGAGCUUGGCCACGUUUUAGCCAAAAUGAAGGCCAAAACAGACACUAAAUCUUUUUCUGCAUUGAUCUCUGCGCACGAAGAUCUUAUUAGUUCAACACCAAAACCUGUGGUUCCCCAUCAAAAGACUCCGUCACCAGUUCUGAUGGCAAUACCCGAAACCCCAAAAAAGGAAGAGAGCCUCCAGUCGGCCCCGCAAGUCGAGACUUUGCGCCAAGAGCCGGAGGAGCCCCAAAACCAGCUCAGAUUCUUCAUCAAUUCUACUAUUUUUAUUCUUCUCGUCGCUUGCUGGUUGUAG